AUGGUUUGCAUCUUGGAGAACAGGGUUCAUGAGAAGUCUUUGUGUGACCCGUUCUUUGAAUCCACUCAUUCUCUCUUUUUGAAUGAAGCUAGUUGUCAUAACUUUGCGCUUUCUAAUUCUGGUAGGAUUUGGGUGAAAUGGAAUGCUGCGAAGCUGAAUUUCAUUCCUUCUCGUGUCACCUCUCAGAUUAUUUCUGGGAAUGUUUUUGUUGCUAAUCAAGCUCUUUUUCAGCUCUCUGUUAUUUAUGCUUCCAAUAGCACUAUUGAACGUAAGGAGCUAUGGGAGGACAUUGCUCUUGUUAGACCUGUGCCUUCUUUUCCUUGGGCCAUAAUUGGGGACUUUAAUUGUUGUAGAUAUGCUUCAGAAAAGUUAGGGGGAUCCCCCAUCACGCAAUCUACUCUGAUUGACUUCAAUAACAUGAUAUUUCAUAACAGUCUUUUGGAUUUGCAUUCGGUUGGGUGUAAAUACACUUGGUACAAUCAACGUUUGGAUAACCCUAUUCACAUUAAACUGGAUCUUGUGCUUGUGAAUGAGGGUUGGAUGGACGCUUUCUCUGAUUCUUUUUGCUCUUUCCAAAGUCCUUCUUACUCGGACCAUACUCCUGUUAUUCUGCAUUCUGGGAAUCAAACUAAGGUGCAUCACAGAUUCUUAUUUAAGAACUUCUGGACUAGAUUUGAGGCUUUAUGGUGUCAUCUUCUUGAGGUAUUCUCAGCGCCCUGUAAUGGUAAUCCACUUUCUAGUCUUUACAAAACUUUAAAGCUCUUAAAGACUAGAAUAAAAAAUGAAGUGUGGGCAUCCUCUAGUUGUUUAACUAGGCAUCUUGAUCAUUUACUGUAUAACCAAAAUCUGCUGUUGGAGAAGUUGCAUAUUGAUCCUAAUAACUCUGAGAUUAUUCUUUCCUACAUAUCCUGCAAUGCUGAAUUAGCCCACUUCACCAACUUGCAAGCUUCUUGGAUAAUUCAAAGGGCUAAGGUCAAUUGGCUUAAGUUUGGGGAAGAGGAUCUCAAAUUUCUCUAUGAUAGAAUCUGUUGUAGAAAGGGGAGCUCCAAAUCGGUUGUGAAUCUUCUAUCCUGUAAUCCUACUGUGUCUAGGAUUGAGGUGGUCUCUACUAUUUCUCAGAUUUAUCAAAAUUUAUACAAUCCAGCUCUUCUUCCUAAUUCGGCUGUUGGGGAUUUUCCUGUUGGAACUGCUUUACCUUAUUAUUUUUUUAGCUCUAUUGACUCUAAUGUUGAGGAUAAUGAUAUUAAGGAGGUUGUUUUUAUGGGGGCCUCUAAUUCUGCUCCGGGGCCGGAUGGGUUCAAUUUUCAUUUUUAUAAAUCCUGUUGGCAUAUUAUUGGUCCAGUGGUGUGUAGAGCUGUUAAAUCAUUUUUUCUAAAAGGGUAA